AUGCCAGUCACAUCCUCAACGCAAGUCGCGGUUUUUUUAGUAGUUGUGAAAUUUUUUAAUGAUAUUCUUCCUAUUUCCGCUCAAGUUUCUAACAUACCUGGUGAUGGAAUUGAUAAUUCGUUUUCGACAAGUCAUGUUCGUUCUGCAUGGAUAGCUCUUUGGAUUCUUUGGAUUAUCUGGGCACUUCUAACACUUUUUAAAUGGGCUUCAAAAGAGACAAAGACUAGGAAUGCUCAUACUGCUGAUAGGCAAGAUGCAUCCCUUGAAAGAGGUGAAAGGGGGAGUAAUUCCAAGAAAGGGGGAAUUACCGAAAUUAUGAAUCAUGGACCACGACGAGCGGCAAGAAUAUCUCGUGAUCUUUUAUUGGGGUUACUUUCGGCCUUGGUUAUCAACACAUUUGGACGUGGACCAGGUUCAGGAUCAGGACGAGCGGUCGAAAUAUUGACCUGGAUUUUUUUUGGAUUAGCAAUUAUUUGGAUACUCGUUGAAAUAGCCAUGGAUAAUAAGAUCAUUAGAUUACUUUUUGGUUUUGUUGAAUAUGGUAUUUUAUUAGUCAUUUUUAUUUUAGCUUAUACUUCUGGUUGGAAACUUUUUGGAAGAUAA